UAGUGUGUGUGAUUAUCACUUAUCAGUCCCAUCCCAUAAUUGAAUUUAUGGUCGCUCUCCUAACUUUGAAUAUUUCUCAGUGAAUGAAAGUUUUAUUCCAGUGAACGAUUAAUAAUUUCAAAAUUUCUUGUCGUGGGUAACUUGAUGCUACUGAAGAAUGAAUUUGUCUUUGACUUUCGGCAGGCUGUGGAGACGUUAUACUGAUUACUGAUUGAAAAGUUGUACGAAACAUUGGUUUGGAUUGAAAUAGUGUCUUAAUCCAGAAUAAAUGGCUGAAAUCACUUCUGACGUGUUCGAUAUUUUUCAUCCAACUCCAGUUGCUCUGAGAGAGUUAUCAGCGAUCGCCAUUAGCCUCGAAAUAUGGCGCUGCGAAAUAAAUAAAUACCGUUCGAGCAAUACAUUGAACGAGUUUCGUCCAUUUGGGGAUCCUACAAUCUCAUCGAAAACCCUGAUUCGCGAUUUGCCUUCAAUAAUUUAUCGUAUGAUUGAUAAAUAUGCCAAAAUAUUUGGAGAUUCGAUUAAUUACUGGCUAUGGAGACAUCAUACCGCAGUAUUUCAUUUUCAUUACGGCAAUGAAAACUCUGUUUUGGAAUACUUCGAAGAUUUUGUAUGCGAUUACGACGGAACCAUUGAUUACGAGAGGACUGCCAAACGAAUGAUGCAGUGUGAUCGAUUUGAUGUGCAUCAAAAGUUCUUAAUUGCUUGUACGUAUUGUUUCAAAGACGAUAUCAUACGAAUUUGGCCAUUUGGAUUGGAAAAGACGGACUCGCUGUAUGAAAGAUAUUCUGAAAAUUCGCGAUUUACGUAUUGGAUUGAUUUUAUCGGAAAUGAUAUCAAGAUAACCGAACCUCCUAUCGAAGAAUGUAUGUUUGAUGAAUUCAUGUCUCACAACAGAUCAUCUUUGGAAUAUUUCUGGAAUCUUGUCUCAUCGGAAAAUCGUCUGCGGAAAGCUAUCGAGCUUUUUAUCGCUGAUUUACCUUCGUUUGUUAGAUUCAUAUUGCCAAAAUUGGAUGAUCAACAGCUCACUGGAUUUCUUCAUAAAGCUGGCUGCGAAUUGUUAUACGCUUUGUUGAAAAAUUCUUGUUACGAUGAAGAAGUGGCUCUAUCGACAUGGAUUUACGUUAAAAAUGCAAUGAACGAGAUCGCUUUCACAAAUUUAAUCAUGAAAGUGGUGCAAAGUGAGGUUAGGGGAAGCUGUGUGAGUUCCGUAUUGGAUGUUGAUGACUAUGAUUAUGAUUGGCCAGACGAACAUUGUGUCGAUGGGAGACGCGAUCUUGAUAGGUUUGUUCAAUUAUGUUUGGAAAUAUGGAACACUGCUGGUGAAAAUUUGAAACGUUCGGCUGUCAGAGACAUUACAUCGAAUGAUCGAUUAUUUGUAGACAUAUUCUUCUGCAUUGGAUAUCCACCAAUCUCGAGAGAAUUUAAGUUCUUAUUCGCUGUCCUCUCUCACGCCACCUAUGAGCAGAAGAACGCUUUCUGGCAUAAUUGCUGGCAAUAUUUGAUUACUAAAACAUGGGUCGAAGAUUUAGAUAAAAUAAUGCGGCUAUGUUUUCGAGACGAAGAUGAGAUAUUUCAAUUCAAGAAAAACAUCAUGGCCGAUGACGAAGAGGCGCUUGAUUAUUGUAGUACUUUACUAACCUUGGCUUAUUUCGAGGAAUUGAAUCAAUUCGCGAAAUUUUUACUGCCGGAAAUGCAAGCAGCGAGAAAUUUUAAACAGAAAAUUCUGAGGUUAGCGUUUCUCAAUGAUCGAUUUAAUGAUUCUUGCAUAGAGAUCGUCAAGAAACGAAAAGAGUUCGAUGAAUUUAUUAAAGAUGCAUAUGGCAGUGUCGAUCUGUCUACAGACUUCAAAAAUGAGCUGAUGUCGUCACCGUCGGUCCAAAGGAGAUUAUCAAUUGAUGCUUUAUAUGUACCUAUAGAACAGCUUAUUGAGUUUAUUGACACUUUUGUCUCGACGGAGCGAAUUCUUCUGGGGAUAAAAUCUCGUAUGAUUGAUUACUUAAAGGCAAAUGCAGCAGAUUUUAAACUCACAAAAUCGGAAUCUUCGUUCACCUCUCUUUUAUCGUGGUGUUUGGAAGGUAAUGAGGAAAUUUCAAAAUACAUGAGCUGAGCCAUUUAUAAUUUAGUUUUGAAGUAAUAAUUACAUAUUAGGUACUAAUUGAACUUGGUGGAAUGUGUUUUUUAUAUCGUAAAAUUCGUGUUCUGGGGUGAUCUUGUCGAUCCAUAUUUUCACUUUCGGAUUACCUAUCUCGUUAUUUUUUAAAAAAUUUUUCGUUUUGUAUAACUUCAUUUUAUUCAUGUAAAUUGUCCAUAUUUUAUACCUACGAGUGUAGGAUUUCAAUCAUGUUAAGCGGUAAUUAAUUACAAUCAACUAUGCAAACGUA